GACUGUUUGUUUUUAUACAUACGUACACAUACAUACAUAUAUAUAUAUAUAUAUAUCUAGACAGUAUUGGUUUUCUCUCUCUCUCUCUUUCUUUUUUUUUAUAUAUAGAUAUAGAUAUAUAUAUUUAUUACUGUCAACCAAAUGUCUACUACACUAUAUUUAGAUGGUCCUCCGAAAUCAAGUAUUCGUGAUCAAGUCAAAGCCACGCUUUCACCUUCUGCAACUUGGUUAAAAGAUACCUUUCCUGUUUUACGAUGGUUACCAAAAUAUAAUCGACAAUGGUUUUAUGGUGAUCUCAUUUGUGCUAUCACUGUUGGUAUUAUUGUCAUUCCUCAAUCAAUGGCUUAUGCAAAAAUGGCUGGACUUCCUCCUCAAUUUGGUUUAUAUUCAAGUGUUAUUGGUGUUUUUAUAUACCCUUGGAUUGGUACAUCAAAGGAUAUUAGUAUAGGUACCAGUGCUAUCAACUCUUUACUUGUUGGACAAAUCACAUUGAUUCUUACAUCUUCACCUGAAUUUCAAUCUGGUGCUUGGACUAUCUCCCAUAUUACUUCCAAUUUGACACUGGUAUCCGGUCUAAUAUGUUUGGUAGUGGGUAUUUUACGGUUAGGAAUCUUAUUUGAUUUCAUUUGUCAACCUGCUAUUGCUGGAUUCAUGGCUGGCUCUGGACUUACGAUUGUCAUUAAUCAGCUCAAUAAAAUUUUUGGCAUUCCAAAUAUCAAUACAACUCAACCAACUUAUCUUAUUUUUGGCAAUACAUUGAAGAAUCUUCCUCAUUCUCAUUGGGAUGUCGCUUUGGGUUUACCGGCUUUGGUCUUUCUCUAUGGUGUACGCUAUUUUACAACAAAAUUCAUUCAUCAAUACCCAAAAUAUUCGAAAUAUUUCUUUUUCUUGAACAUCUCUCGAAAUAUCAUCGUUGUUGUCUUCAGUACUUUAUUAUCUUUCUUGAUCAACCAUUUUGGUCAUUUUACUUCAAGUCCUUUCAAAAUCCUUGGUGUUGUACCAGCUGGUUUUCAAAACAUGGGCGUACCAACUGUCGAUUCAUCACUGUUAUCUAAAGUUCUACCAAAUUUGGUCGGUGUGGUUGUUUUGCAAAUUAUGGAACAUUGUUCUAUUGCUACAAGUCUCGGCAAAAUCACGGAUUACAAAAUUCAAGUGAAUCAAGAAAUUACAUCCAUCGGAAUAGCAAAUGUUUUUGGCUCCUUUUUUAGCGCUUAUCCAAUGACUGGUGCUUUUUCACGCACGGCUGUCAUGUCAAAAUCCGGUUGUAGAACUCCAUUGACCAAUGUUUUUGUGGGUACUAUUGUCGUGCUUACUAUUUACUUUUUUACUCCUGCUCUUCAAUAUAUACCUGAUGCUGCUGUUGGUGCUAUUGUCUGUCAUGCUGUUACUGAUCUGAUUACUGGUCCUAAGGUCUGGGUCAAAUUCUGGAAUACUCAUCCAUCCGAACUACUGAUCUUCGCUUCUGCCUAUGUGAUCUCACUAUUUACAACCAUUGAUAUCAGUGUCUAUGUACCAGUUGCUAUUUCCAUUGUUGUUCAACUUUAUCGUGUGGCUCGACCUAAAUAUGCCUUCCUUGGUCGUGUGGACUUGGCCGAUCAAGAUUAUCUAAAUGACAACAAAAGUGAUACCAAUGAAAAUGAUCUUGAUAAAUCCAUGUUCUUCUCUUUCUCUGACACUAACUUCCGUGGAUGGAUCCGUCCCAUUGAUCCUAGUAUUGUGUGUUUUCAACCUCGUGAAAAUCUAGUGUUUGAAAAUACGAAUUACUUGUUUGGAAAACUAUUGGAUCAGAUCAAAUUACAAACUCGACGUGGUAAACUACUUUCAAAUGCAGCGGGUGCUCGGCCUUGGAAUGAUCCUGUUGAUGCCGAUCAAACUGAAGAACGACCUGUUUUAUCCUCUAUUAUCUUUGAUGUCUCUGGUGUACAUACGAUGGAUUAUACAGCCAUGGAAAGCUUGGUGGAACUCUCUCGUAUGGUGGAUCAUUACAGUAACCGACCCAUUCCGUGGUUCAUUGUAGUGGGUAGCUCGGAUAGUGUACGACAUUCAUUAUUGUAUGCUGGUUUUGGACGUCAACAAAGGAAAAAGAUUGUCAAUGGUAUUUUUACGUUCCACAACGAUAUCAAGAAGAAACACAACAACAGUAAUCAUAACAACAAUAAGAAGGAGAAAAAUAAGGAUCAAAUGACAAAAUCAUCAUCUUUGCCUUGUGGAAAGCCGAACUAUGUUCUUCCUUCCUGGUGUCACUGUCAAAGCGAUGAUGAAGACGACGACGAUGAUGAUGAUGAUGAUGAUGAAAGGGAUGAUGCUUCUAAUCGAUACAAUGAUCAACAACCCGUUGGUACCAACAUUCGUGUUAUCCGUGAUAGAUAUCCUUACUUUUAUCUUUCCUUGCAUGAAGCCGCCUAUGCUGCCUUGGAUCAUCGAAAUCAACAAUGCAAAUCAACACCCAGUGAUGCCAUUUCCAUUCAAGUGGAAGAUCGCCAGUGA